AAGCCUAUAUAUAAAUUAAUUCCUCAACUAAAUUUUUCCCUGCAAACACAACUCUAACAACUCGAUCUCACAAAGUGCAUGCUUCAAUGGACACUCAUCUCAUACUUGCUAUUACAUCCCUUCUUUCAACUACACUAUUUUGUUACUCAGUUGCCGCGGCGACACCACCCGAUAUCGCGCCCUCGCCGGUCCCUUCAGCCGCAAGCAACUUGUUCUUCAUUCGCAACAAUUGCCAAGCCACAUUGUACCCUGACCUAUGCUUCACGUCUUUGUACCGCUACGCCGCGUACGUUCAAGAAGACCCGGCCUUAUUAGCCCGAGCCGCGGUCGGCGUGAGCCUGAACCGCGCCAAGCGCAUGGCCAACUACGUCCAAAACCUCUCUCACAACGCCGAGGACGAGGCCGCUGAGCCGCGAGUCGCGGCCGCGUUGCAGGACUGUUUUGAGGUGUUCAGCGACGCGGUGGACCAGAUUCGCGACUCGCUGCAGCAGAUGUUCGUGCUGGACGGCUCGGGCGACUCGCUUAGGUUUCAGCUCAGCAAUGUGCAGACGUAUAUGAGCGCGGCGCUGACGAAUGAGGACACGUGUACGGAUGGAUUCGAGGAGAUUAAUGAUGGGCCUGUGAAGAAGAGCGUUUGUAAUCGGUCGGAGAAAGUGAUGCACCUAACGAGCAAUGCGCUUGCAUUGGUUAAUAAUUAUGUUUCGAAAGUAACCGAAUAUUAUGCUGAGCCGUGAGAACGUCUAGUGAUAAAGGUAUAUCUCUAAUGAGCGAGAUUUUGAGCUCGAAUCUUUGUGGAAUGAAAUGUAAAGUAUUGGAAUUGUUGUUGUAAAGAUGUAGACACAAUUAAAUUUUGAUGAUAAGAAUUGUGAAUGUUUGAGUGAACCUUAUCUUCCUUGCUGUUCUGUACUUUGAAUUAUCUUGUCGUGUUUGCACACGGGUUUUUUCAUAAAUGUGUGAAUUAGUUGUUCGAUUUUUA